GGAUCCGUAGCCAAGGAAACGGGUGUAGCUACAACAACACUGUGCGAGUUACAUAAAAUUUUGUCGAAACCUAAGAAACUAUUAAUUUACCUUAACUUAUAAAUAGGGUUUUCACAAAUAUUUUAAUAAAGGUGAUUACAGCAAAUGCUGCGAGUGAUGAGUUUUUUGACAGAUUAGAAUGGCUGGCAGACUUUGAGUGCGCGGGCGACGAGGUGCUGGUGGAGUCGUCUCCGCCCGCCUCGCCCGACAUGGCGGCGAGACUAGCGGCACCCUCACAGGGUGCCGGUGCGGGCGGUACUUCUCCCAGCGACGUGCGUGAGCUAAUCGUCAUACCGGAGCUGCCCAAUGCCAUACACUUACAGCAUGCUAUUCAACAAGUAUCGAGCACUGUGGUGGAUGUGAACGGCGACAGUUCCGGCCACUCUAGUCCCACCACGGAGGCUCAGCACACCUACAUCGUCACUAUCGAGAACGCAUGGGACCAAGACUCGCUGCACAUCAAGUCUGAGACGCAGAGUGAUGAGGAAGUGAUGAGUGAGGGCAGUAACGGAGUCAACUAUCAUGUGCAAUAUGUGGAGCCGCAAGAAAUAUACACCCAGACAGGCCAUCAGACACAUAUGGAAACCCUCCGCACGUACCCGGUGUACAACGUGACCAGCGUGGGAGGCGUGGGCGGCGUGGGCGGCGUGGGCGGCGUGGGCGGCGUGGGCGAGGCGGGCGCCGUGACCGCCGUGACGGCCGUGACGGCGCCGCCCGACGACUGGAGCGCGGAGUUCACGUUCGCGGCCGAGCAGCCCGCGUCGCCCGCGCCGCCCGCGCGCAUGCCGCCCGCCACGGUGCAGUGGCUGCUGGAGCACUACGAGACGGCCGAGGGCGUGUCGCUGCCGCGCUCCACGCUGUACGCGCACUACCUGCGCCACUGCUCCGCGCACCGCCUGGAGCCCGUCAACGCCGCCUCCUUCGGCAAGCUCAUCCGCUCCGUGUUCGUGGGCCUGCGCACGCGCCGCCUGGGCACGCGCGGGAACUCCAAGUACCACUACUACGGCAUCCGCGCCAAGCCCUCCGCGCAGCGGGACCUGCCCGCCGCGCUGCCCAAGCCCGACCUGGAGGAGGACCAGCCCGAGCCGAGGGAACGCGAUAUCGACCAAAACCCAGUAGGCCUGGGUGGGAUAGCUCAUCGUCAGUACCUGGGAUCUGUCAGCGCUCCCGAGCCUCCGGAGCUCACUAUUGAGGAUUUGCCAGAAGAUAUAACACAGGAGGCGUUGCAGCAGCUGAGGGAACAACAUAGACAGCACGGCGUCGAGUUCCUGGAGGCGGUGGCGGCGCUGGACACGGGCGCCGUGGAGCGCUGCCGGCGCGCCUUCUGGCGGCGGGCCGGGCGCGCGGGGCUGCGGCUCACGGCGCGCCGCGACGUGUGCGGCUGGCUGCGGCGGGCCGAGCUGCGCCUGCACCAGCGCGCCGUCGACCUGCUGCUGCCCGACGUGCUGCGGCCCAUCCCCUCGCAGCUCACGCAGGCUAUCCGCAACUUCGCCAAGAGCCUGGAGAGCGCGCUGGCGGCGGGCUCGAGCGGCGCCCCCGCGCUGGCCGCGCGCGCACAGAGCUCGGCCGCGGCGGCGCUGGCGGCCGCCCUGCGUCGGUACACGUCGCUCAACCAUUUGGCGCAGGCCGCACGCGCCGUGCUCAACAACCAGCAUCAGAUACAGCAGAUGCUGUCGGAUUUGAACCGUGUAGACUUCCGUGUGGUCCGCGAGCAAGCCGCCUGGGCCUGCGCCUGCGGCAGCGCGUCCACCGCGCACCGCCUCGAAGCCGACUUCAAGGCGCGGCUGGGCCGGGGCGCGCCGCUGGAGGCGUGGGCGUCGUGGCUGGACGGCUGCGUGCGCGCCGCGCUGGCGCCGCACGAGCGCCGCGCCGACUACACGCCGCGCGCGCGUCGCCUGCUGCUCGACUGGUCCUUCUACUCCUCGCUCGUGAUACGCGAGCUCACGCUCCGGUCGGCGGCCUCGUUCGGCUCGUUCCACCUGAUCCGACUUCUGUACGACGAGUACGUGAGCUUCCUCAUCGAGCGGCGCGUGGCCGAGCACCGCCGCGAGCCGCCCAUCGCCGUCAUGCAGCGCGCCAUGGAUGAUGACGAGGAACUUCCCGAGGAACCAGAGCGCCCUGCGGAGGAGGAGGACGGAGAGCCGGAGUGGGAGUGGGAGGACGAGGAUGAUGAGCCGCCUGACGCCAAACGACCGAAGAUUGACGAGUAGCGUUGGUUGUCUGAGUGUAAUUUGCUCAUUCAGGAAUUGGAACUUAAGUGAAGUGAUUUACUCGUGGAAUGUAUAUGCUAACAAUUUAUUCAGAAGUAAUCGACUAAACAGACACUCAACUCAGUUAUAUCUGAUUUUGUGUGAUUGAAAUUGUUUUACAAUACAAUUAUCAGAUAUAAUAUAAUUAACCGUAAUUGUUAUAAAGAACUGAAAGUAUUUUUGCAUUUAAAACAACAAAGAAUACCCUAACGUCUAGUCAUAUUUUCGUUAUAUGUACAUGUACAUUAAAAAGCUCAAUUCACUUGUAAAUAUGAUGUGUUUAGAUCACUAUAUAUGCAUGCUUGUUUAGAAGUCUUGUAACUUCAUUAUAAGUGAUUCAACUUGGCUCGAUGGUCCUGUAGCUAACUUAGAACGCUGCAUAUCCAGGGCUCACGGCUUGAUCCUUGGGUCACUAAGUGAUAUCGGGUUUUUCUGUCAAUAAAGUUGGUUGUGAUACAUAUACGUGUCCCGGUAAACUUGUAAAGUCGUUGGUGAUACACAGUUCCAUUGGACUUAGGCAGUGAGACAGAGAGUACUUGAUUUUGUGGCAAACACUUGUGUUAUUAUUAUAAUAUCUCUCGCUCGAAUGGCUCUUAUAGUCUCUGAGUCUUUCUCUGUGUCUCUAAGUUAUUCCUUUUAUUCUUAUCAUAAGGAAUAAAAAUAAAUAAUGACAACAGUAUGGUUUAUAUUAUGAAGUUACAAGAUUAAAAAUUAAGGUUGAUGUUUUAUGUAUUAAUUGUAUUUACAUAAAUGUGUUUGGAAUAUUAGGAACUAACUGUCUAUAGGCCAUUGAAGCGUAAUGUGCGCGAACUUCGGGAGUCAUUAUUUAAGCAAAAGUAAUUAAAUAAUAAAAUCAGAAGAUGUCCAUGUAAAUACACGUAGCUUAUUAAUGUUUCAUAUUAGAUUAUGUAAAUGGUUUGGAACUUAAAGAAUUAUAAAUGUCUAUAUAAAAAAAAAAGUUUUAUUAAGUAUACGCUAUAGUCAUCUAUAUAUAAUGAUUGUAAUUAUUAAGUAACAUUGUCAUUAAAUAAGUUCCGAAUGCAUGUAGCUUUUUACCAAAGAUAAUGAUGAUUUAUAAAUCACUCAUAUAUAAUCUGUUUCGAAUAAGUUCGAAAUUUAAAUUUAAGCGUAUAAGAUGUUUCGAAUAAGAUAUUAAAAUUAUCUCUUAAAUUUACAUUGAUAAUUAAUUUUAGAUUAUUGCUGAAAAAUUCGUGGAGCUUAAUUUUUGUAUGCGUUUUUAAUUUACUAUAGAUAUCGUCUCGGUGUUGCAAGAUUAUCAGGGUAAAUAAAAUAUUUUUUUACGAACAUAUCGCUUUGAUAGUUUUUCGGUGAUUGGAAGCUAUAAAAAUUGUAGCUUUAUUUAUUAUUUACAACAAAAUCCUAAUAUUAAAGACAGCAGCUUUGAAUAAGUCUGCAUUCUAUCUAAAAUGAUAAGUAAAAUAAUUUAAGAUUCAGGAGUGUGUACAAGUGUAUUUGAAAAUAUUUUUAAUUGAUUAUUUAAUUUAAAACGGAUUAUAACAUAAAUAGUACUAUAAAUAGUAGUUGAUUUCCAAUCACGCUUAUAUUAUUUAAAGAGUUUUAGUUGCACACUAGUGUUUAAAAUUUUAAGAAACAUAAUAUAUAUUGAAAUCUGUACGUAAUACGAUUAUAAUUGUAGCAGUAUAUUCUUUGUAUAUAAUAAUAUCAAUAUAUUUUCUGAGAAUUGUCUCAAAAUAAGUAUAAAAACACGUUUGAAUGGAAAAUAUCUUAUAUUUGUGUAAGACUUACAUUAAAAUGUUACCUUCAGUACUAAGUCAUUUAUAUUCUGUAAUGUACAACAACUUUGUAUAUAAUGAAUGUCUUAAUCGAUUGACGUGGUAAUUAUACAAAAAAAGGGAAUAUUGUCUAUGGUACCAUCAAUAAAAUCGCACUGUAUACGUAGCUGUCUAUGGUAAGUGUCAAUCACUUUUAUAUCAUGUAGAGGUUAAAAUAUGGACCCUUUAACAUAUCACAAUAAAUCUGUCAUUUUUCCGUAGUUGUCAAUCAAAUGCCAAAACGGUGUAAUAAAUAAUGAUAUAAAUAUUGAUGUUUGCUGUAAACGAUAUGUAUGUAAUUAUAUAAUAAAGUGUUAUACGUAAUUAGUGUCAAAGUAUGUAUAUUGUAUACAUACUUAAACAUUUAUACCUGCGGAGGAGGCUAUGUAUCAUUAAGAGAAAAAAACCUUUUUUUAAAUAUCUUGUUUGUUACAGCAUGCCUACUGGAACUUUUUUGUGCAAGAUUUUUAAUUGUAGUCAAUAAAUUUUAAUUGAAUAUCUACCAAGCUUAAAGAGUUUGAAUGAAUACAAUCACAAGUGUUGUAUUUUUUGUAAAAAUGAUAUCGAAGAAGGUAUUUUCUUGUCAUACUAUAUUUAUACGCAGCCUCCUUUUAUCUCAUGCACAUUCCUUCUAUAUAAAACAUGUACAAUUACACGUCAAUAAUAUAUCCGUGUAUAUUUUUAUAUUCGACUGCCUUUGUUGUUGCCUUAUCUUUAUAUCCGGUCGCCGGCAGACGGCGGAUUCUUACGGUUGUGUUUCAGGGCAAAUAAUUGUUACUGACGUUGUGAGUAUUAAUGUUACCGCGAAUCUAAACAUUCAGUAAAUAUUAAUUAAUUUUUUAAACUGAAUUUCGAUUUUCUGCAACAGUAUAAUCAUGUAAGGUAAUUAAAAAUAAAAAACUACGUUUGUGUACCGUGUUGUUGCCUGUUCUAUAAAGGCGGCUACUAUGUGUGUAAAUAUCAUUAUAAUUGUUCCAAAAUUGAUUUCCAUCAAAGUUACAGAUGAAAAAAAAACAGUAUUUAUUUUUGUAAAUAAAGCUUUAUAAGCUCCAGUACCUAUUAUUCGCACUUAUAGAUCAAGUAGCAUUUUUUUAAAGCGAUAGUGCAAAGAACAGAUCUAGUAAACAAAAGUAGACGACACACGAAGAUUCGCAGGUUUCAUAUUUUGUCAUACCAUUGUUAAAUAAGAUAAAUGUCAUAACUUUGAUAUAUAAAUAAUGUAAAUAUUAUCUAUCAUCUGCUAUUGAUAUGUGUCUAAAUUUAAAUGAUUUUACUGUUGCAGUAAAGUAUUUUAACUAUAAAAUGUAGUACUUCAAUGUAAAUAUUUAAGUCUAAUAAUUUAAAGCUUCGAAAAAAAAAACUAUAUAUAUGUUUGCCUUAUUACUAGUGCAUUUAGUCCUUCUUUACGAUGACAAUAUGUGACGGUUCAGUGAAAUGAAAAUACGAAAUCAGGAUCACCUGUGCCUACAAAAUUAGAAAAAAAAUAGCUCUAUGGGUAAUAAUGCCUUAAUUACAGUUAUUUUUGGCCGUUAAUCAUCGAGAACGUUUAUUUAUUUCAGAAUCGCACUAGAUUUAGAUGUAUGUUUACUGCGUAUAAGUUACUACACGUAUUCUCUGCGCGUAUGAAGUUCGCAAAUUAAAUGUUACUAUAUCAAUAUUACAUAUUAAUAGUAUAGAUGUAACCAUUAUGUGUCAUGUCUAAGGUAAAUGUAAUGAGUGUCUUGAUAUUUGAAGACGAACUGUAGCUAAUACUCUCUUUAUCUUAUUACGGACAAUAGAAACGUUGUGUACAAAAUGGCCGCUUGUGAUUAUCUGCCACAUAUUUGAUUUAGAAAUUAGAAUUAUGCUGAAUUAAUAUUUUAAUUGUUUGGUUAAUUUUAAAUUUAAUAAUAAAUCAUUUUGUCAGGUUGUGAUCGAAAUGAUUUAUUAGCUACAGUUGGUCGUCUGAAAUGAGCUUAACUUUUUUACAAAGCUAGGUAAGGUCUAUUGAUUUGUUUCAAGAUCAGAUGUUUAAUUUGUGCAACGAAUGAGGUGGACCACGCUCACUGUGCUUACAAUUUUUUAAAUUAGCUAAAAGCUAAAUUUAUACAUGAUCCAUUUCACUGUGGUACUAGAUAUUAUUAUUCAUUUUCAAAUGUAGUUUUUGUUUAAAUGUUACGUUCGAAAAUAUGAUUGCGUUAAGAGCGUGGAUCCGAGGCAUGUGACUGUUAGUCUGUAAGCAUCUUCUUGUAUUUUAUUGUUGUAUAUCAUUCAAGCGCUGAGAUGUAAGCGGAAGACGGUAUCAUGUAUUGUCUGAAAAUAAAGCUAGUCAUGUGU